CGCUUUGCUACGUGCCACUAAAUCGCAGAGUUGGAACCACCUAUUCCCCGUCUAUCCAUGCCAUUCCAUUCCGUCGUCCAUUUGCGGGGCGAUAUGGCGUCAUUCGAGUGAUUUUGAUUUAAUCGAGGUGGCGACAUCAAAUCAGUAGUUGCCACAUCGCGAGGUGGACGGGCACGGCUAAGGAUAUAUAUAUCGUGAUGUCCGCUCCGGCGGAAUCCACAAGAGUGGGCCUGGGGAAUGCGGCCAGCAUGGCGAAUCUGGCCAAGAUUGUCAAUCUCAUCGAGUCGAAUGUGAAGGCGGAGGGGGAGACGGAGGUGGCUGAGGAACGGCCCAGGGGAUCGGGGGGAACAGGAAGCGGAGUGGCAAGUAGCAGCAGCGUACGCCUGGCCAGCAGCAGUGCCCCGCGGAGGAGUGCCUGUGCCACGUCGUACGUGCCCAAGUCGCCGCAGCUGGAGGAGAUCGUGUUCGCCGAGCCCACGUGCACCGAGCGAUUCGCCCGAUACUUCGUGAUCGUCAUCUACCUGUGCGGCCUGUGCUGCCUGGGCUUCUUCCUGUCCAUCUACCACAUCUUCUUCUGGGACUCCCGCAUGCCGCCCGUCUACAAAGGCCAAAAGAAAGGACCUGCCUUUGGCUAGCCCAGGAAUCCGUCCACUUUAUUCACUACAGUAAUCCCCACCAAGAGCGUGCUUUCAUUUUUGAUAAAAUUGUGAUACCCGAAAAAAUAGCCAUUCGCCUCCUGAACUCAUCGGAAGUCACCGCGGAGCAGUUCUACAAGCACAUCCUCGAGCAGUACCG